CGCGCAUGAGGGCCUAGGUACGAGGCUACAAUGGCGAGUUCGGCUGAUACUGCGCCGGUGUUGAAGCGUGGCCUGUCGUGGGAUGGCUCGUCUGUGCAGCAGCUCGAGACUCUGGCGAAUGGUGUGCUCGAAACGACGGACCCGGCGACAGGACGUGCCGCUUUAGAGACCCUCUUUAAGAUGGCGAGCAACAUCCAAGAGCAUCCUAACGAGGAAAAGUACCACCAAGUGCGUCUGGCCAACAAAACAUUCAAUACAAAAGUUUGGUCUCAUCCAGCAGCUCAAGAGUUCCUCUUUACCUGCGGAUGGACAGUGGUCGAUGACCUCCUUGUUCUGCCUGCUGACUCCAACCUAGAGGAAGCAAGACGUGUCCUAGAGAAAGUCAUAUGUAUAACUGAACCCGUUUCACCGAGAAGAAAGUCACCAGCAAAACGGGCACCCGAAAAAGACAAGCAGCUCGACAAAGAGAGAAAGGCACGCGAAGAGCAAAUGCAGAAACAGAAAGAAGAAAAACGUCGCUUAGCAGAAAAAAUAAAAGCCGAUAGAAAAGAGACGUCUCAACGUCAGAGUAAAGACUCGAAAGCUGUAACUCGACCGUUUGGGAGUGACGUGAAACGGUUUCAAGAUAUAGGAGUUGAUGUCAAUAGUCAGGGAGGAUGACGCUAACUGUUUCCCUCGACUCUGUGGUGUUGAUGCGGAACGGCCGAGGUCUACACCUCUCUCAUGAUGGCUUAACUACAAAUGACACAGAUGUCACGAGUUGAACCUGAUAAGUUGUUCUAUCCAGCACCCGUUCUAACUUGUGUAGAUUGCUUGACGUAAUGCAGUUCAUUUGUAGUCGACCUUAUUUGUAAUGUUGUGUAAUACUAGCCUACGAUGCUACUCAAACUGAGAGA